GUAUUAACCAAUCACAGCCCAGGAGGUGGGAUAUUCCCAAAUAUGGGUAGGGAAACAAGGCGUUUUUCUGAUGCUGGAUAUAAACCGGACUGCUGACAGACACUUCAACGCAAAACUCCGAACAAGGCAGUAUCCGAGGUGGGGCCAAGGGAGGAGCGUCCCUGGCUAUCAUGGAUGACCGCUCGUCCCUGCGCAAAGUGAGCGGCUCCACUGAAUCCGUGUCCACGGUAACCAGCGAGGAGUUUGUGCUGGUGCAGAACGGGGCAGAGGGCUCACCAUCUAGCUCUGAGGGACGUCCCAGGCUUAAGAUGUCUUGGAACGGAAGUGAGCAGCUGGAGAAGGCAAUGGAGGAGGUUCUGGAGGAUGAACUGAGGACACAGGAGAAGAGAACGGUGACACCAGUGGAGACUGGAGAGUACACACAAGACACAGAAGCUGCAUUUGAUAGUCUGGGGCAAGAAGAGGAGAGUGUGCAGUUCAGUAAGCUGUCUUACCUGGGCUGUACAUGGGUGAAGGCACCACGCAAUGAGGCCGAAGCCCAGAAAGCAAUGUCCACCCUAAGGGCCGAGAGCCCCAGUCCAAUUCCAAUCACUUUGCACGUACCCAACAAUCCCAAUGGCUGUGUGAGGAUCAUUGACGAGGCCACUGGCACUGAGAUCGCCUCCUUUCCUAUCUAUAAAGUACUGUUCUGUGCCAGAGGGAACGAUGGCACCUUAGAGAAUGACUGCUUUUGCUUCACCGAGAGCUACCGCAGCUCUGAGGACUUUCAGAUUCAUGUCUUCUCCUGCCAUAUCAAAGAAGCUGUGAGCCGGAUUCUCUACAGCUUCUCCACAGCUUUUAAGCGCGCUUCUAGAGCUGCCACAGAGAUUCGUGAGUUGGCGUUACCUCAGUCCCCUGACAGUGAUAUCUUCACCUUCACCGUGUCCCUGGAGGUGCGAGAGGACGACGGCAAAGGCAACUUUAGUCCUGUCCCUAAAGACAGAGACAAGUUCUACUUCAAACUACGGCAGGGUGUGCAGAAGAAGGUGGUGGUUACAGUUCAGCAGAUCUCCAACAAAGAACUGGGAAUAGAGCGAUGUUUCGGCAUGUUGCUGAGUCCUGGGCAGAAGGUUCGGAACAACGACAUGCACUUAUUAGACAUGGAGGUGAUGGGUAAGAGUGCAGAUGGAAAGGCUAGUGUGAUUACUGGCAUAUGGAAUCCUAACACCCCUGUGUUUCAAGUCCUUAAUGAGGACACACCAAAAGAUAAGCAGGUGUAUAUGACUGUGGCUGUGGACCUGGUGGUGACCGAGGUGGUGGAGCCUGUUCGAUUCUUGAUGGAGGCCUUGGCCCGUGUUUACCCAUCCAAUGAGAGGUUCUGGUACUUCAGCCGAAAAGCUUUCUCUGAGAACUUCUACCUGCAGCUCAAACCGGUCUUGGAGAGGGGCACCCAAGAUGCCAUAUAUGCAGUAGUAAGUCUUCAGAGGGAAUCCGAGCGAGUGGGAACAUCACGAGGUCGCUUGCAGUCCCCUACUGAGGAAGAGGAGCCAGAGGAAGACAGUGACAGUGAGAUCUCCAGUGGCACUGGAGAUGUGUCUAAAGACUGUCCUGAGAAAAUUCUGGAGUCCUGGGGUAGCAUCCUGCAAAGAUGGCAUGGGAACCUGUCUUCACGUCCUAAAGGGCUGUCUGCAUUGGUGAGACCCGGCGUCCCAGAGGCCCUGAGAGCUGAAGUCUGGCAGCUCCUGUGUGGCUGCCAGGAUGAACAGGGCCUGCUGGAAUGUUACCGCAUCCUCAUCACCAAGGACUCACCACAAGAAGGUGUCAUUACCAGAGACAUUCAUCGCACCUUCCCCGCUCACGACUACUUUAAGGACUCAGACGGUGACGGUCAAGAUUCACUCUACAAGAUCUGCAAGGCUUACUCUGUGUAUGACGAGGAGAUCGGAUAUUGCCAAGGCCAGUCUUUUCUGGCUGCAGUGUUGCUGUUGCAUAUGCCAGAAGAGCAGGCGUUCUGUGUGCUGGUGAAGAUCAUGUAUGAAUACAAACUCAGGGAUCUCUACAGGAACAACUUUGAGGAUCUGCACUGCAAGUUCUACCAGUUGGAGCGCCUGAUACAGGAGCAGCUCCCAGAUCUGUGGACUCACUUCCAGGAUUUGAACCUGGAGGCUCAUAUGUAUGCCUCCCAGUGGUUCCUGACCCUCUUCACUGCCAAGUUCCCCCUCUGCAUGGUCUUCCAUAUCACCGACCUGCUGCUGUGCGAGGGCCUGAACAUCAUCUUCAAUGUUGCACUGGCUCUGUUGAAGACCUCUAAGGAGGACCUGCUUCAGGCUGACUUUGAGGGUGCUCUUAAGUUUUUCCGGGUUCAGCUCCCCAAACGCUACAGAGCAGCUGAAAAUGCCCGAAGACUCAUGGAGCAAGCCUGCAACAUCAAAGUGCCAACUAAGAAGUUGAAGAAGUUUGAGAAGGAGUACCAAGCUUUCAGAGAGAGCCAGCUUCAGCAGGAGGACCCUAUAGACAGAUAUCAGAGGGAGAAUCGACGCCUCCAGGAAGCCAGCAUGCGUUUGGAGCAGGAGAACGAUGACCUCGCCCAUGAGCUGGUCACUAGCAAGAUUGCACUGAGGAAUGAUUUAGACCAGGCGGAGGACAAGGCCGACGUUUUGAACAAAGAGCUACUGAGCACAAAGCAGCGGCUGGUGGAGACUGAGGAGGAGAAGAGGAGACAAGAGGAAGAGACAGCUCAGCUGAAGGAGGUGUUCAGAAGAGAGUUGGAGAAAGCAGAGUCUGAGAUUAAGAAGACCACAGCCAUCAUUGCCGAGUAUAAACAGAUUUGCUCUCAGCUAAGCACAAGGCUGGAGAAACAACAGGCCUCCACCAAGGAGGAGCUGGAUAUUGUGAAGAGUAAAAUAAUGGCGUGUGAGCGAUGUCGGGAGGUAUUCAGUAAAGAUGGACCCCUGCACAUCCCCGCAGUGACACAGGACAACCGUGACUCAGAGCUGGAUGAGGAGAAGGACUCCCUGAAGGCUCAGCUGCGGGAGCUGGAGCUGGAACUGGCUCAGACCAAACUGCAGCUGGUGGAGGCCAAGUGCAGGAUCCAGGAGCUGGAACAUCAGAAGGGAGUGCUGAUGACUGAAGUCCAAGCUGCCAAAAACUCCUGGUUCAGUAAAACACUGGGAUCCCUGAAGACUUCAGCAAGCAGUCAGGCACCUUCCUCACCUAAAGAGGGGCAAUAGGACUCAUACAGGCCUCACUCAGUGAGAUGGAGUGGAAGUUCAUCUGCCUGGCACAUGCAUGGGAAGGAAGAGGCUGUUGAAACACUACUAAACACCAUGCUGUAAUGCAGUAUUCCCUCUCACACUGAGCGGAUAGAAACACCUCAUCAGCAUCUGUAGAUCAGAGCAUCAUUAGUUUAGUUUGAGGACGUCUGAGGCAAAGCGAAUUCCGUGAAAAGCAGUGUGAUAAUCACUGCUAGACAACUUAUGAAGCAACCAUUUUCAUCACAGACACAGAGUCAAAUAUUGAGUGUUCAGUGGGAAAAACUAGCCACUGAAGAGGCUUUUCCUUUCUUUUGUAAAGUCAAGCUGGGUAACAUGCUAUUACUACAUUUAAAAAAAAACACCUCUAUUGUUAAGUACAAAUGUUCACCUGAAUUAUAUUACAUAAGCCACCCAAAAACAUAAAUACAAUAUAAUUACAUGAUGGCAAACAGCUUAAGAUUGAUGCAGAGUGCAAAGGUUGUGUUUUUUUGUUUUUUUUUGUCUUUUUAUUAUGAAGUCAGGUUUGUUUGGACUCUGUGUUUUCAGUGACUGCGUCAUUGCACAUUCUUAGAAGGAGGUCACAAUUGUCCAGAGUUCUCAGUACAUUGGAAGAAAGCAAUUAGGAAUGUAGAAGACUGAGCAGGACCAGUGUGUCAAGCAGUGCAGCAGUUCCACCUAGUGGCGACUUUUAGUACUGCAGAGUACUGAAUUUAUUCACCUACGUUGACUGUUAAACUGUUAAAAUAAAAUCUUAUCAGUAAUAUUAUAUAGGAAUUUCACCUGUAAAGGUUUAAUUGUAGCUUUCUUUUUGUUUGAGAGAGGGAAUACUGCAUUCAGACUAAAAAAUAUACCGUUUUUUUAUAUAGUAAUAACAAAUGUAUUUGUUUUGUCAUGUGUUUAACUGAAUGAUUUUUUUUUUUAAUCUUGUAUAGUUUUGAGAGUUUUUUUUUUUUUUUUAACUAUUUUUGAAUUGAAAAGUAUGUAAAUAUUAACAGCUUAAAGCACAGUGUAAUACACGACUGUAACUCAAACAUUCCUGCUGUAGCUCGUACUCACCCUGUGGCUGGAGCCAUUAUAACCGAGCCUCUGAAAGCACACAGCUGCAUGGCUCACUCAGCAUUGGGGUUUUUGAACUGGAGACUCCUUCGUGAAAACACAGUGGUUUGUUCACACUGUGUAAUUCAAUGUAAAAAUUCAGCCAUGCUUGGGAAAACAGUGAGUCCUGAAGAGUGUAGCAGAAGCCACACAUCGUAAACGUGCCAAGAAUUCUUCAGAUUUUCCCCACACAAGCAACUCUGUACAAUUUUUGUCGGGUUUAUUUGUAAGAAAACGCGUAAUGAUAUUGUGUCAGUCUUGCUGAGGAGGGUUUGCGUUUUGUGCAUUCAAUAGUCAGUUAAUCUGUAGAAUAACCAGCUGUCAGUGUCCAUGUGUCUAUUCCAGAUUUCUUCACUCACUCUGCUUCAUGAAAGGUUGACAUUUGUGAACCUUUGAAUUUCUUAAACCGCAUGGAUCUUACCACGUCAUGGCUUUAUUGUGAAUACACUUUAAAUGUUCAUUUUUACUGUGAUCAAAAUCUGUAUACUUAUGUUUUCGUAAGUUCUGCAAUUGCAUCCUGACAAGCAGUAGUUUAAGAUUAACCAAUAUCACAUGCACUCUCUUUACAUAGCAUUACAGUUGAUUUAAUAGUUUUGUUAAUGCAAGUCAGGGGCCAUUGUUGGGUUAUGGGAAUUACAGGUACACCACCCUGUCCCAGUACAACUUUUGUGACAAAGUGACAAAUAAAUGCCGAUUUUUGUU